AUGGCGGCAGCCGGCUCCUCAAUGGGUCUCAAACCACCGAAACCGCUAGUGCUGAGUGAUAACAUGGCUGAUCAGUGGCGUAGCUGGUAUCGCCAAUAUAAGUGGUUUUCGACGGCGACUAACCUUCAGGAGAAACCGGGAUCGGUGCAAGCAGCAACUUUAUUGAGUGCAAUAGGUCCUGAUUGCAUAAAAAUUUUGGAUACAUUUGGCUUACGCCCAGAACAAGAGGAAAACAUUGAAUUGAUCGUAACGAGAUUCACAGAAUAUUUUACGCCGAAAUCUUGUGUUACCUAUGAGCGGUAUCAUUUCAAUAAGCUGGAACAAAAAGAAGACGAGUUGUUCGAUACUUUCGUGACGCGUGUGCGUGAGCAAGCAAAGAAGUGUGCGUUCAGUGUUUUGCACGACUCGCUAGUUAAAGAUAAGUUGAUCGUUGGCACAAAGCAAGUGAAUGAGAUCAAAGGAGCUAGGAACGUGGAUGAAGACUCGGAAGCGGAGGAAGAGUUUUACGUUCACACUAUCGAAGAUAGCAAUGACGAUGACUGGUUUGAGACCAUCGAGAUUCAUGGGAGAAAAAUCACAGUGAAAUUGGACUCAGGAGCUCAGUGUAACGUUUUGCCGAAAAGAGCUCUUCGUGAUUUGCCUGUUGCUAUUAAACCAUCGAUGACGAAAAAUCUGGUGACCUACAAUUGCCAAAAGAUCGCGGUUCUCGGUGAAAUUUCUCCGGUAUGCAUGAUAAAAGAUCUCACCGACUCUCCAAGCCCAGAGCACCAAAACCGUCCCAACUGCCAGCACUGGCGCGGGUAUCGUGUGUGCCUGAAUGUCGCCCAUCAGUCGCUCGAAUGCCACUGGAGCGGAUCGGGCGCGCACAGUUCUCCGUUAUCGCUCGACCUGACCGUGCCGCAUAAGUCCGUGCGCGUGCAUAACAUAAAAAUAUGUAGGUGCUCACAAUUCGAACAACCAUCGGACCGCGUCGUACGUCGCACACAUGAUGACACCGCCCUGCAUAGUCACCGUUUUUUGAACCAACCGUCCACCGUUUGGUUGCCGGCUCUAUGCCUAGCCGUAAUUGAGCUAGCCAUUGCGAGAGGAAGACCGACGAUAAGUUUUCUGGUGAUUGGAAAUUGUUUCGAAGCUCCUAAGUGGGAAGAUAAAACAAAUGGUUUCAAUUUUGGGUGCUCGACGAGUUGCUGCGUGAAGUAGUCCGGUUGCCGGGCCA